AUGUCUAUUAUAUAUCAAGACUGGACACCUGCAGGUUGGGAUAAGCGAGGCAAGAAGCCUACUGUUUCUCGCGAGAAGCAGGUAAAUACCGCCCGCAGACUAGAUAAUGCUGUCGAAACAACUGCGAAGUAUGAUGCUGGAAAAAACAAGAAUAUUGUAAACGCUCCAGCGCUGUACGCUAGAAAGGUUGAAGAGGAAGAUGAGGUUUUCACCCUUCCUAAGGUUAACCUUUCGUUCCGGCAUCGUCUGCAAAGCGCUCGUCAGGAGAAGCAGAUGACCCAGAAAGAUCUAGCUGUGAAGUUGAACGUCAAAGCUUCCGUCAUUCAGGACUACGAGUCUGGAAAGGUGAUUCCGAACCAGGCUCUGAUCUCCAAGAUGGAGAAGGUUUUGGGUGUUCGUUUACGUGACCCUAAAAAGUGA